AUGAAAAGCUGGAAGAUUCAAGAGUAUCAGCAGACUCUUUUAACAAAGAAAUCUCGUUAUUUACAAGCAAAAGAGAACAUAGCCCUCUUGAAACCAGCCACAAGCUCUUCAGUUUGGGACGUAUCUUAUGUUCCUGGUUGCAGAUAUGAUGGCUCAAAAGCAGUGGAUGGUCAGUUUGGAGUAGAAAUGGAUUUAUGCCAAUGUUUUGCCACUGCAGAUGGAGCUGGAGGCCCAAACUGGUUGUGUGUUGAUAUGCUGAACAUCAACCAGGUAAGGGCAGCAGCCGAGGGACCAUUAACCAUUUAUAUUAUAGAUCUGCUUGGAAUAAGAAAGCAGACGUUAAAGAUAAAUUCCAUCUACACUUGGUUUUAG